UGUGAUACCUAUCUGUGGUUAGAUCCGUCACAAGGAAAAUGGCAAACAGAGCAGGUGGUGAGGGCAAAGAACCCAUAAACGAGCAAGUAGUCGCAAAUACCUAUGCCAACAUGCGCACCGAAAUGAACCAGCUCUACACAAAGAUCACGGAGCUGGAAAUGGAAGUGAGCGAGCACUCUCUUGUGAUUGGCGCAAUUGAGCCUCUGGACCCCACAAGGCGUUGCUACAGAAUGAUCGGCGGAGUCCUGGUGGAGAGGACCAUCAAGGAAGUGCUGCCCGCAGUGCACCGCAACAAGGAGGGCCUCGAGGAGGUGGUCUCUCGCAUGAAGGAGGCGUUGGAGAAGAAGAAGCAGGAGAUCACUGAGUUCGAGCUCAAGUACAAGAUCAGGAUCCGGAAGGGCGACGGCAAUGCCGAGGAUGUCACCAUGAAGGAAGCCUCUGCACAGGGUGUUCUUGUUGGCCCCGCAGGAGCAUAGUGGCAGAACAGGGAAACUUGCGUUGUUCUAUGUCAAAAUCAGAUUGCUCUCUUUGCCGCAUGUCAAACGAUAUCUGGGUGUGGUUUAUCAUGCUACACGUGCUGUAGUAGUGUUGAAUCCUCGUCAUGUGUAGAACUGGAGCAUCAGAACUUUGCUGGCAACUGCAGAUUUCGCGAAGAUUGCAGAAUGA